GCCUCUCGUGAGGCCGAAAGAGGCCAGCACGCGCUGCUGCUCGAUCGGACGGGGGAACAGGACGAGGACGACAUGGGGCGCCUCCAGCACCACCACCGCUCACGGUCCGCCUCCUCCUUCGCGCGCUCCUCCGAGACAACCAUCGCCGACCUCGACGUGCGCAGCCUCGGCUCCACCGCCGUCGCCGCGGAAACCGUUGAGUGCCCAUUCGGGAACGUCGAUGGCCUCUCCCGUGCCGAGCUCCGGGAGGCCGCGUACGAGGUCUUCUUCAUGUCGUGCCGCGCGGCCGGGGGAAAGGGAGGAGGCGGCGCCGGGCUGAACUAUUACCAGUCGGGCGGGGACGGCGGCGGGGGAGACGGCGGGUCGCCGACGAUCGGGUCCGGCCCGAGAGGCGGCACGGGGAUGAAUGUCGUCAGCAGCAGGGUGAAGAGGGCGCUGGGGCUCAAGGCGCGGCGGUCGUCGCAGCCCACCGUGCGGAGCAGCAUGAACUCGUCGUCCGCGCCGGGGUCGCCUGGCCGGAUGCGCUCGGCGAGGGACAGGGACCAGGCGCCCGGGUCGCCGGGGAAGACAAGGCGCCCGAUGACCUCGGCCGAGAUCAUGCGGCAGCAGAUGCGGGUCCCGGAGCAGAGCGACGCCCGCCUGCGCAAGACGCUCAUGCGCACCCUCGUCGGCCAGGUGGGGAAGAAGGCGGACACGAUCAUCCUGCCGCUCGAGCUGCUCCGGCAGCUGAAGGUGGCCGACUUCGCCGACGGCGGCGAGCACCACCAGUGGCAGCGCCGGCAGCUCAAGCUCCUGGAGGCGGGCCUCAUCCACCACCCGUCCCUCCCGCUGGACCGCCUCAACGCCUCCGUGCUCCGGUUCCGGGAGAUCACGCAGGCCGCCGACGCGCGCGCCAUCGACACCGGCAAGGCCUCCGACACCAUGCGCGCCCUCUCCGACUCCGUGCUCGCCCUCGCCUGGCGCUCCGCUCCCGGCACCGGCCCCCCAGGCGAGGCCUGCCACUGGGCCGACGGGUACCCUCUCAACGUGAUCCUCUACGUCUCUCUGCUCCAGGCCAUCUUUGACCUCAAGGAGGAAACCGUUGUGCUCGACGAGGUGGAUGAGCUCCUAGAGCUCAUGAGGCGGACAUGGACGACGCUGGGGAUCGACAAGAUGAUCCACAACGCGUGCUUCGCCUGGGUCCUCUUCCAGCAGUACGUGGCCACCGGGCAGAUCGAGCCGGACCUCGCCGGCGCCGCGCUCACGGUGCUCGGUGACGUGGCAACCGACGCCAAGCAGGAGGACCGUGACCCGGUGUACGCCCGGGUGCUCUCCAGCGUUCUCGGCGCGAUACAUGAUUGGUCGGAGAAACGAUUGCUUGACUACCAUGAAUGGUACGGGAAGGGCAUGGCUGCCACCAGCACUGGGGCAAUGGUGAGUGCCCUGUCGCUGGUACUUUCCACGAGCAAGAUCAUCGCAGAGAGUGUGCCUGGUUUGGGCAUCACUAUAGCAGACUCCGAGCACGAAGGCGACGGCAUCGGGAGCUUCGCUGGCAACCGUGUGGAUCACUACGUGAGGUGCUCCAUGAGAAAUGCAUUCACCAAGACGCUGGAGAACGAGCUUGGGCAAGGAAACAGCAUGAUCAUCCAACGCGACGACGACCCCAGCGAGAUCGUGGCACGGCUCGCCCAGGACACGGAGCAGCUGGCUCAGUUCGAGCUGGACAACUUCAGCCCGGUGCUGAGGCGGUGGCACCCGUUCCCGGGCGCGGCCGCCGUGGUCACCCUCCACAGCUGCUACGGCGUCGUGCUGAAGCAGUACGUGGCCAAGGCCACGUGCCUGACCAACGAGCUCGUGCACGUGCUGCACGCGGCGGGCAGGCUCGAGAAGGCCCUGGUGCCGAUGAUGGUCGAAGACGUGGCGGACAGUGACGACGGCGGCCGGGCGCUGGUCAGAGAGGUCGUCCCCUACGAAGUGGAGUCCCUCGUGGCGCGCUUCCUCAGGACCUGGAUCGAGGAGAGGCUCAGGAUUGCCAGGGAGUGCCUCCUGAGGGCCAAAGACACUGAGAGUUGGAUACCAAAGUCCAAAGGCGAGCCGUAUGCGCGAUCUGCGGUGGAGCUGAUGAAGCUGGCCAAGGCGACCGUCGACGAGUUCUUCGGGAUCCCAGUGAACGCGAGGGACGACAUGGUUCAGAACGUCGCCGACGGCUUGGGUGCCAUCUUUCAGGAGUACAUCACCUUCCUCGCGUCUUGUGGCACCAAGCAGAGCUACAUCCCGUCGCUGCCUCCGCUGACUAGGUGCAACCAGGACUCGAAGAUCAUCAGGCUCUGGAAGAAGGCGGCGACGCCGUGCCGAGACCCCGGGACGAGCCCACGCGGCCGCGUCCACCACAGCCAGAGCGCGUCCGUCUCGGGCGGCAACAACCCGCGCCAGUCCACCAGCCGCGGCACGCAGCGCCUCUACAUCCGGCUCAACACCCUCCACUACCUGCUCAGCCACAUCCAGGCGCUCGACAAAUCCCUCUCCUUCUUCUCGCACGGCGGGUGCACCUCGCCGCCGUCGUCCAGCCACCUCGCGCCGCAGUCGUCCAGCCACUUCGACCGUGCCCGCGCCGCGGCGCAGUCGGCCAUCGUCCAUGUCGCCGAGGUCGCCGCGUACCGCCUCAUCUUCUUGGACUCGCACCACUCCUUCUACGGCGGCCUCUACGUCGGCGGCGUCGCCGACGCCCGCAUCCGCCCCGCGCUUCGCGCGCUGAAGCAGAACCUGUCGCUGCUCGUCUCCAUCCUCGUCGACCGCGCGCAGCCGGUGGCCGUCCGGGAGGUGAUGAAGGCCUCGUUCCAGGGGUUCCUGAUCGUCCUGCUUGCCGGUGGCAACGACAGGAGCUUCACCAUGGAGGACCACGCGAUGAUCGAAGAGGACUUCCGGAGUCUGAAGCGAGCCUUCUGCACCCGCGGCGAGGGGCUCGUGUCGGAAGACGUGGUCGAGGCCGAGGCCCGGGCCGCGGAAGGCGUCGUCGCGCUCAUGGCGCAGCCGGCGGAGCAGCUCGUGGAGGAGUUUGGCAUCGCGGCGUACGAGUGCACCGAGGCCAUCUCCGACAGGCAGCGCCUACCGAUGCCGCCGACGACCAGGCGGUGGAGCCGCCGUGACCCAAACACCAUCCUGCGCGUGGUGUGCCAUCGCGACGACGAUGUCGCCAACCACUUCCUGAAGCGCACAUUUCAACUUCCCAAGAGGCGGUAACUGCUGACUAGGCGCUCGCAGUGUUUUUUAUCGUUGCGGCUAUUGUGUGUGUUGCAGACUUCAUUUUGCAUAUACUAUUAACAUUAACAUGGGUGUAUGUGUAUUAAUUUAUAACAAGUAUCUGAAAACAAAUACGCUUGAA